UAUCAUAGAAGUCACUUGAAAGUUGAACAGUCUGAACUGCACCGUCGUUUUUGCCAAUUGUGGAUUGUGUUUCGUUGUCUAAGGUGAUACGUGCCGUAACGAGUUGUUGUUAUUUAGUUAUGGCUAUUUUUUUUUUUUGUAGUUAAUAGGUAGAAGUUCCCGUACAAAUUAAUUGAUAUCAUUUUUUAUCGGAUGGACUUCUUUUUUUGUUUAGUUUUAUUGUUUGGUGUAGCGUUUUUGCUAUCGUCAGUUUUUCGGAACGAUAGGUUCAAACGUUUUAGUAGGAAGCAUUAGUCUUCUUUUUUCGGCAAUAACAGUGGUCUUUUUGUUUUUUAUAAAGUUUAAUUUGUUUUCGAGCAGUUUUAUUGAUAGUUUUUUUUAUUAAAUAAAACAUCGAGUGUUCUUAAUACUAGUCGUCGCCUACAACAGGCUACACCUUAAAUAUCCCCACGGAAUGUACCUAGAAUUGGUCCAAACCCGAAGAAGAUAACACUUACUCAAAUCCAAUCACAAUGUCCUCUAUAUUAAUAGUGGACACUCUUUCUUUUACUAUACUUUUUAUUAUCUUUAUUCCAUUUCUUAUAUUUUUCCUAGGCAUUGUUUUGCUUGCAUACAUUGGCAAAACUCUCGGCAUACGGAGAAUUUACGUUGAGUUUCUCGUUAAAGUAUUUGAGUAUGGCAGAGAAAAUCUUGAGAAACAAUCAAAAAAAAAGAAAAAAAUUAUUGAGGAAACUGACGGUGAAGAAACUGAUGAUGUUGAUGAACCUUGUCUGGAAAACUCUAAUGACGAGAGUGUAUUAAAUAAACAUAUUACUGAUGCUAACCCAGAUGUUGUUGAUGCAAAUGGAUCAAUUACCAGAAACAGCUCGUCCCAUAGUUUAUCUAAUGGUGUUGAUAAAAAAGUUCAAAAUGGGGCACCUCCACUGAUAAGUAGACAAGAUUUAAUAUUAGUUCCAGAUCCUGAUCAAAAUUACAAUGGAAAUAACAAUGUAAAAAUUGAGGGGGGUAAACAAAUAUUGCAAAGAACAAGAUCGUUCAACACUCUUAAGCGAGAAUUUGAACUGGCAGAUGUACUUGACUAUGUAAAAACUGGUGUGGAAGCUAUUAUUGAAGAUCAGGUUACUUCUAGAUUUGAAGCGGAAGAACUUAAAUCGUGGAAUUUAUUAACAAGAACAAAUAGACAUUACGAGUUCAUAAACUGGAAAAUAACAGUUAUUUGGAUGAUUGGAUUUGUUAUACGAUACACAUUCUUGUUGCCGUUACGUGUAUUAAUUUGCUUUUUUGGGGUAAUGUGGCUGUGGAUAUGUACGUUUAUUGUCGGUUUUAUACCUGAUAGUCUGGGUAAACGUUGGCUCAAUCACAAUGUGUCAAUUAUGUGUUUUCAAGUUUUAUCGGCUGCACUAUCUUCAGUUAUAACUUACCAUAACCGUGAAAACCUUCCUAAGCGAGGCAUAUGCGUUGCCAAUCAUACAUCGCCUAUUGACGUGUUGGUGUUAGCAUGUGACAACACAUAUGCUUUGAUUGGUCAACGACAUGGAGGAUUUUUAGGAAUCCUUCAAAGAGCAUUAGCUAGAGCUUCACCUCAUUUAUGGUUUGAACGAUCAGAAGUAAAGGACAGAGAAAUUGUUGCAAGAAGACUUAGAGAACACGUUUCAAAUCCAAUUAAUCCUCCUAUACUUGUGUUUCCCGAAGGAACCUGUAUUAACAACACAUCUGUGAUGCAGUUCAAAAAAGGAAGUUUUGAAGUAGGAGGUGUUAUUUAUCCUGUGGCUAUUAAGUAUGACCCAAGAUUUGGUGAUGCAUUUUGGAACAGUAGUAAAUAUUCAAUGUUACAAUAUUUAUAUUUAAUGAUGACAUCGUGGGCCAUUGUUUGUGAUGUAUGGUAUUUACCUCCAAUGUACCAAAAUGAAAAUGAAUCUGGUGCAGAUUUUGCUAAUAGAGUAAAAAGAGUAAUUGCUGAUCAAGGAGGACUUGUUGAUUUAGUAUGGGAUGGGCAGUUAAAGCGUUCGAAACCAAAAAAGGAAUGGAAAGAAAGGCAACAAGAAGAAUUUAGCAAAAGACUUAAAGUCGAAUAGCAGAAAAUACAUUGUGUGUUGUUACAUAUAUUGGUCAGAAGCUAAUAACAUAUUUAUGGGACUUGCGUCAAUGACAAAAAUUCUAUGACCAAUUCAAGAACAAACCUAGUCGUAUAUUUAAAUCACAAAAAUUGGUUUUAUAUUUAUUUUAGAUUAUAGAUUAAUUUAUGUAAUCGAGUAGUUAUUAUCAAUAAUUGUAUAAUAAUAUUUGUAUUACCCAAUCAAGUUUUUGAUUUUGGAAAUAACUGUUAAUUGUGGAUUCUGUCUGUGAUCUAUAAAAGCCUCUCAAAAAGACUUGGUAAUAUUAUUUUAAAUUUGGUGAAUAUCGUUGAAAAUUGUGAAUUGUUUGUAUAGUUUCUGUUAACUUUUGUCAGGUUAAGAUACUUUUGUUUGCCUAUGGAUUUGAUUUACAUAUUUUAAUGAUAAUUUACUUUAAUAUCCAUUUUUUUUUCAGCUUAUUUAUUUUUACUUAAAAUGUUCAACAAAUUUAUUUUGAUUUUCUUGUUCAUGUACAAUACUCAUACCAGUGGAAAAAAAAAAAAUAUAUAUAUAUAUAUACAUACGCGCACACACAUAAAUAUGUAUAUAUUUUUUUUUGUUAUAUUGCAUUUGUUUUAGAUGUGUAUUAUGUAUGUCAUUGUUUUUUUUGUUGAGUAACUGUAUGCUGUUACAUUUCAAAUUGUUUCUACAAUAAAUAGGCUUUAUCUUUGUUACUUAUUGGAAAAAUAUUAUA